GAGGAGGUGCGCCUGAGGCGGCGGCGGCAGCGGCAGCGGCAGCGGCCGUGGCAGCGAUGGAGGGCGGCGGCGAGGACUACAAGGCGUUCGUGGCGCUGCACGGGCCGGCGUUGCGAGCCUCCGCUAUCCCCGAGCGCUACUGGGACCGCCUCCUGCACAAGCUGCACCGCGAGAUAUUCGAUGCUGGUGAGAUGUUUGGAAUCAUGCAAGUAGAGGAAGUUGAGGAAGAUGAAGAUGAUGAUGAAGAAAUGCAAGAAGAAUUGAAAAAGAAACCAAAUCCGGGAAACGAGCUCUGUUAUAAAGUGAUUGUGACCAAUGAAAAUGGGCUUCGAGCGAGUGAUCCCAACAGCAUAUUUCUCAUUGACCACGCCUGGACGUAUCGCGUAGAACACGCCCGCCAGCAGCUGCUGCAGGUUCCAGGACUGCUGCACCGAAUGGCCAACUUGAUGGGGAUUGGAUUUCAUGGGGAAGUUCCAGAUGAGGGCUCCGUGGAACUUGUUCUGGAAGAAAUGUGGAAGUACAACCAGACCUACCAGCUCUCCCAAGGGACUGCAGAGGAAAAGGUUCCUGUGUGGUAUAUCAUGGAUGAAUUUGGAUCCAGAAUUCAGCACUCAGACAACCCAAGCUUUGCAACAGCACCCUUAUUUUAUAUGCCUCAGCAGAUCGCCUACACAGUUCUUUGGCCCCUGAGAGACCUUGAAACAGGUGAGGAGGUGACCCGGGACUUUGCCUAUGGAGAAAUGGACCAGCUCAUCCGGAAGUGCGUGUUGUUGCCUUGGGUUCCUGCAGACGUGUUGGACGUCAGCUCUUCCACCCCCGAGCCAUCGGAAGAGCACUACCAGGCCAUUUUGGAGGGAAACAAGGAGAAGCUUCCUGUUGGCAUAAGUCCACCAGCUUACCCCAAAGGCCAUGUUUUCAGGGUUUACACGGAUCUCCAGCAGGUGCUUAGCAACCUCAACCAUCCCCGCUUUCAGUUCACCACCGCGGAGGCCGAGGCAGACAUCUUGUACAAUUUCUCGCAUUUCAAAGACUACAGGAAAUUCAGUGAAGAAAGGCCUCAUGUGAUGCUCAACCAGUUCCCUUGUGAGAACCUCCUGACGGUGAAGGACUGCCUUGCCUCGAUCUCCAGGCGAGCGGGGGGGCCCGAAGGGCCUCGGUGGCUGCCCAGGACCUUCAACCUCCGGACGGAACUACCCCAGUUCAUCAGCUACUUCCAGCAGCGAGAAAGGAGGGGGGAAGACAAUCAUUGGAUAUGCAAACCAUGGAACUUAGCUCGAAGCCUGGACACUCACGUCACUAACAGCCUCCGAAAUAUCAUCCGGCUCCGAGAGAGUGCCCCCAAGGUGGUCUCCAAGUACAUAGAGAGCCCCGUCUUAUUCCACCGAGAAGAUGUGGGGAUGGUCAAGUUUGACAUCCGCUACAUCGUGCUGCUGCGCUCUGUCAGGCCCCUGAGGCUCUACGCUUACGACGUGUUCUGGCUGCGAUUCUCCAACCGGGCUUUUGCACUCAAUGACUUGGAUGACUAUGAGAAGCACUUUACCGUGAUGAACUAUGACCCAGACGUGCCUCUGAAGCAGGUUCACUAUGAUGAGUUCAUCCCCCUGUUUGAGAAGCAGUACCCAGAAUACCCGUGGCAGAGUGUGCAGGCCGACAUCUUCAAGGCCUUCACCGAGCUGUUCCAGGCCGCGACUGCCAAGCCCGCGCCCCUGGGAGUGUGUGACUACCCUUCGUCUAGAGCUGUGUAUGCCAUUGACCUCAUGCUGAAGUGGGACCAUACUCCUCCUCCUGACGGCAAGAAAGUCAUGCAGCCCCAGAUCCUCGAGGUGAACUUCAACCCUGACUGUGAGAGGGCCUGCAGGUACCACCCCAACUUCUUCAAUGACGUUUUCAGCGCCUUAUUCCUGGAUGAGACAAAGAACAGUCACGUGACCUGCAUCAUCUAGGCCCGGAUGUCCAUCCGUCCCGUCCCCCGCCACCAGGUGCUUUCUCCCUAAUGUGCUUCAGGGCUCUGAGCUGCCUGGGUCAGGGUCCUUCAGGGCCCAGAGACAGAGCAACUGUCCUGGGGGCUUUGGGGUCUGAGGCGCUGGACGAAGAUGGGGAAUGUCUGCUAGUAACCAGAGCAAGCAACUGACCGCAGCUCCAGUCACUUCUUGCAUCAAGUUUGCUUGGUGGGCAGGACCCCCGGGUCCCAUUCAUUCCCAGCCCAGGCAGACCUGGAUAUAUGUGUUCUUAUGUUCCCUCGCUGCCGGCCAGCAUCAGCAGGCGCUGCGUUCUGUGAUCUCCCCCCUUUCCAAGUGUAAAAUCUUCUGGAAUUGGGUUAUCCCCACACUUAGCAAGAAGGAAACCUUCACCAGCAGCCUCCCCACCACGUUCAGGAUCCUCCGAGGAAGAGGGUGAACGUCUGCCAAAGAACCUUUUUGGUCUGUGUGUAAUGAGAGCUCGUCUCGUACACGGUGAUUUACAGCCACAAAGCGCCUUCUUCACACAUAUCUGAAAUUGUUGGCAGGAUUUGUGUUCCCAUUUUACAGAUGAGGAAACUGAUUUACAGGAGCAGAGGUGGCUCUUCGCGGGUGCCAGAGGGGCUCAGACCUCGGCUCAGAUGGCUUUAUCAUCGUUUCAGGUGUGCAUACGCAUGUGUGAGCACAUGUGUCCCACUGCCUUCACCCACUGUCAUGUGCAUUUGUCUAGAUUUCAAGACUGAAUAGCCCUGAAUCUGCUUGGUCCCUAUUGGUUUUUUCUGAGGCCUGAACAUCUAAGUCUUUGUUUGUUAAAAAGCUUAAAGACUCUUUUUGAGGUGAGCCUGAAGAGGUUGUAUUUUGUUUUUUGUCUGAGAAACUGAAGUAUGUGCUGUGUUGUCAGUCACAGAAAGAGGCCUUCCUGUUCUCCUGUUUGGUCUGCAGCAGAAAUCCGUCGAGGGCCUGAGCCUGUCUCUGGGAUUGACAAGCCGUGCCUGGAGCACAUGGCUUGGGCUUCCUCAGUUUGCUCACCUACAAAAUGGGGCAGUAGUCCUCGCCCUGGCCACCUUCCUCCAUAGUGGGGAGGACACGUCACGUAAAUGUGAAGGCUUUGUUGCUACACAUCGCCGCACGGGCGGAAACGAUUGUUCUUUCUCCCCACGUUACCAGCCCAUGCCCCACAGGUCACUGACGUUUGGCUGAAGGACAGCUGCGGUUCCCUUCCUCCUGCUGAGGCUUUAUGGGAGAACAAGGAUCUUGAAUGUGUUGGGCUCCUCCCUCUUUGGUUUCCUCUCCUGGAGCUGGGCUGUUCUUUGCCCCCAUUCCUCCUUUGAAGAUUUGUAAUCACAAUAAAGUCCUACUUCUGUUUAUUC